AAUUGUUGUAAAUUUAACAAUUAACGGUAACAUUGAUUGAUUCGUAAGUAGAAAGGAGUGCAAUUAUUAGGAGAUCAGGUUCAAUGAAGACGAAGUGAAAAUAUUUAAUAGACUAGAGUGAGCACAAUGGAAUAAGGUGUAGUGUGUAAUGCAUUUCAUCUAGCUCAAACAACAAAAAUAAAUUUUUUUUUUAAAUAAAGCACAAAUAGUUUGUAAGAUAAUGGUAAAAAGGCAAAAACAUAAGAAUGAAAGAGCACAAACUCUCGAAAUCGGUAUUAAGUUGUUAUUACUCAUUCCUCUACGUACGAUUUCUUAAAUCAGGGAUACCGAAAAAUCACCAUAGACCUCUAAAAAGAUCAUUGAUAGUGAUAAGUACACAUCAAAAAGAUUUAAAAAAAGGACUCAGUAAAUUUCAAAAUCUGUACUCUUCGCAGUCAAGUAAAGCACGAAACAAAGUGCUAAUUAAAACAGACGACAAACAAUAAAAAAGCCCAAAACAGAAGUAAACGUUUACCGAUCGCUGCCUCGAAUCUUUGUUUGCACCGUUAAACGAAGUACCGAUCGAACAAUCGUGAUUCAUUGGCCAAUGGGAUGCAUCUGCCAGUGGGCUCGGUAAGCUGCAGCGCUUUGGGCCACCCUCAACAGCAGCAGCAGCCCCGGCAUUCCCUUCACCAUCAAAACCAUCACCAGCUUGGCCAACAUCAUUUAACUCGUCACGAGCAACAAACACUCAUACCGCUUGACAGCCGCCACGACCAACAACAACAACAGCAGCAGCAGCAACUAGAACAACAACAGCAGGGAAAUUACGACCAAGAACAGGUGCAACAUCAGGAACAACAGCAGCAGCAUCAGCAAUCUACGGUGAAAGAGAUAGCAGAACCGGGGCCGGCGGGUAACGCUGGCGAAAUGAGUGAGGCUGCGGCGGUCGGAGAACUAUGGUGGACUGAAAGGCUCGUUGGUGAGGCACAGGCCGAGCAUCCUGGUGAGCUGGUCAGAACAGGUUCCCCGUACUUCCUCUGUAGUCAGCUUCCGACGCACUGGCGCUCGAAUAAGACGCUACCGGUGGCCUUCAAGGUGGUCGCACUCGGUGAAAUUGGUGACGGUACUAUAGUUACGGUGCGCGCCGGUAACGACGAGAAUUGCUGCGCUGAACUGAGAAACUCCACUGCUCUCAUGAAGAAUCAAGUUGCCAAAUUCAACGACCUCAGGUUCAUUGGUCGAAGUGGAAGGGGAAAAAGUUUCAGCAUUACGAUAACGGUUUCAACAACGCCACCACAAGUUGCAACUUACACAAGAGCUAUAAAGGUCACCGUUGAUGGACCUCGAGAGCCACGUUCUAAGACAAGAAACCAACAUUCGUUCCGUGCUUCCAUUCUGGGACAGCGACCAUAUCUGGAUGGUGCAAUGUCGUUUUCGAGUCACCUGUUGGAAUCGUAUCGAGGCAAGCCACAUCAUUCCCAUCGGCAUCAUCGGAGCUCAAGUUUAACUGAAGCAGCAGCAAGCAAUGGUUCUUAUCGUGUCAAUAUUAAUACCACCAACUCGUCGAUGGUCUCGCCAUCUUCCAGUGAUCAGCACUUAGUCAACACUGGUGGUGCAAAUCAAAAUUGUUACAAGGACAGUCCUCAACAUGAAG